AUGCGAGUUGCACUUUUUUUUUGACAUCGAUGCCUUUCGCUGCAACUGCAGUUGGAAUCAAAUUGGAGGGAAAACGAUCCUGCUGUACCAAUCCCCUUUCGGCCAUUUUCAUUCCAACGGGAGACGGGUCGGUGUUCAGGAAAAAUCAGUGAAUUCAAGUGCGUAGAACCGAAGGCGUCAGUUUUAUAUUGACCAGUGAGAAGUAAGGAUCAGGAUCAUCAGUAGGUUUCAAGGAUGUCUCAACCGACGGUAGCGGCAUAUUUCAACACAAGGAAGCGUGUUGCGGCGGAUGAUGUGGGUUCGGCGGUUCGCAAUAAGGUACUAGUGCUAGAACAUCCCACUUCUGAUUUGCUUCCUUCCGGACCGAUUCCGGUCAAUGGUAGUUCCCAACGUACUGCCUUCGCAAAUACUAAGAACUUUCUUUUCAAGAAUGCCGUCGUCGAUGCGGGUAAUGAACCGGUGGGAGAAAAUGGUACUCCGGAAUCCAGAAGGGUUACCAGAGCGACCAGAAACAUCAAGCGUAUCGGAGCGGUCACGGUGGACGAAAAAACGCGAGAAAUGUUAGAGCAACCGAAACUGGUUAAAUUUUUGAAAAUGGGCAACCUGUCCCCGAAGAAAAAACUUAGCCAAAAAUCAACCCGGACGCCAAUCAAGUCGGUUCCAAAACCGGAACAAACUAAGGAGGCAAGUCCCACGAAAGUUGAAUUUUCCAGCAAAAACAAUGCCAACAAUGUCGAGCGAGGCAUGAAGACGCCAACAAAGCAAGUGUUGCCCAAUCCGGCGCCGUCCAAGGACAUCAGCAGUUUGACCGCGGACGAGGUCAAGACCAAGCUGAGCCGCAGUGCCCGCCUAACGGAGCUGAAGACCAAACUGAACAAGCUACAAAGUGGUUUCGAUAAGCUGGACCGGAUGGAGAAGGUUCGACUGGAGGAGACCAAGCAGAAACCGGUUCCCCCGAGCCCCAGUACGGCCGCCCGGAAUCUGAAGGAGUUCCAAUCAUUGGAAGUGGAGGUUCCCGUGAGCCCCCAAAAGGUGUUUACAUCGCCUACGAAAAUGCUGCACCGGACACCGACCAAGGCCGCUCAUAGUUCGUUGAUGUCCCCUCACAAGGCAGUCACUCCGAAGCGUUUGUCGGCUCUGAUGAGCCCAAUUAAGGAACCUACAACGGCCAGUCCGGUUACUGCUAGUCCCACUAAAGUACCGGCCUAUCAGCGCUUCCAAACGUUGGCGGAAUCCGGACGACCGGCUCUGCAGUUACCCUACAAGUACCGCUGCUUGGCCGAACUGUUCAAGUGCAUCGAUACCGUCUGUGCCAUGUUCUACAACCGGAAGGAGCAGAUCACAUUCAAGAAACUCAAACCCGCCGUUCAAAGGAUGGCUAGAAAGAACCUGUACGAAAGCCACUUGGCUCAGAUAAAGAAUCUGUUUCCUGAAGCGUUCACCUUUAGCCAGGAUCUGACCAAAAAUUAUGGAUCGGUCACCAAAUACGAUACUUAUCAGCUGGUUAUAAAACCAAACGUGGAGGAGAAAACAAACGUUAAAACCAUCGAUGAAGAAACCAACGUUAUUCGCAAUGCUCAAAACCAGGCAAUGAAUCCCCAGGUCAUGAUUCUACGGAUCCAGAAGUUCAAUCGCAUUCUGCUUGAGCGAGCAAAGGAUGCCCACGAUAAAUUCCUACGCAAUCUCGAUCCGCCCAUGAUAAUUGCCAAGAACAAAUUGACUCGCUGGCAUCCCGAAUUCGACCUUGAAAGCUGCCCGGACGUAGAACAGACCCCACUUCCUAUACCGCCGAAUGUCGAAAGAUUUUCAACUGCCAAAGAUGUUCUCUCCACUGCCAGAAAUCUAUUCAACUGCAACACACCCAUGGAACGUGCUUUAGAACGACUGGAACAGAAAAAACGCCAGGAAAACGCCGAAACAGUCACCUCACAGACAACUGCUCCAGCUACCACUGCCGAAAUAAUUCCUCCAGCUCCCAAGCAAGCCGAUCCAUUCCAAUCGGCUCUGAAAAACGUUCCUCAAUCCCUUUUGGAGAAAAUUCGAGCCAAACAAGCCGCCAAAGCACUGGACCAAAUGACCCGAAGACCCUCCCAAGAGCAGGAAGCCAUCAAAUAUGGCCGUCUACCGGAAAUAGCACGACACCUGCGUAACGUCUUCGUUACCGAACGAAAAGGUGUGCUUCCGCUCGAAACUGCCCUGCUGAAGAUAGAAAACAGCUACCGAGGUAAUCUGACAGUCAAAGAUUUGGAGGAGCACCUCAAGCUGAUCUCCCAGCAGGCCCCCUUCUGGCUGACGCUGACCGAGGUAAGAAAAACCAUGUACGCCAAGAUUGCGAAGGACUGCGACCUCGGCAAGGUAACCUCUCUGCUGGAGAAAAAGGCCAACGAGCUGCUGAAGUGCUGAUGGCCAUUUCACCAUCUAACUCUGUUCUUAGUGUGACCAAAUUUUUAUUAUACAUACUAGCUCUACUCGAACUAUGUGUUGCGAGUGUUCUUUUCAUGGCUGAAUGAAGCUUACCUUUACGAAAUUAGGCAUGAAAUGGUGUUAGGAUUACCUUACUUAUUGAAUUUUACAGCAUUAGACAAGUUAAGUUUCUUUAUACACAUUAUUCAUUGCACUAUUUUAGAAAUUAUAUAAACUACCUUUACUGUUUGUUUUCCUGUUUCUUACUAUUUCUUAUUUUUUUCUCUUAUUAUUAAAAAAAAUCUUUGAAUUAGUAGUAUAAUAAUACAUUUGAAUCAAUAGAAGGACAGUUUUUAUAGGAUAAAA